GUACCUGAAAUCCCGCCUUGCGACUACCAUUGUUCAUUCCCGGAUCUCCUGCGCCCACCUUUUCUUUUCUCAAGUCAUAGUCCUUCAAUUGAGCAAUCAUCAUGACUGACACCACCGAAUCCCUUCCCGCGUUCUUGAACACGUCUUUCGACGAGACAUCAUCAGUGCGGGACCGAUACGACCCUAUUUCGCUCGCAGACGCCGAGAUCAUUCCUAUACUGCAACUGCCGCUCGCAAAGGAGGUUUUUGGACACAAUGCGGAUGAGAGUGCUCUGGAUCGCAUCGCCAAGGGUGAGGUAUCCUACACCAGCUUUCUGGUCGAGAAAGUGCAGGCGGUCUCGCAAUCACCCGUGGAGGGCUUGACUUCCGACCAACAACGCUCGCAGUUGCUUCACAUUGCCCUGGCUGCUCUCUUCGCAUUCCUGCAAUCCAACGUUACGGGCCCUCCUUUGACCUACAGCCCCGCCGACACCAUCAUCCCCGCUGCCUUGCGGCCCGACGCAGUCACCCUCCGAGCCGUUCGUGCCCAUGUCAUUCGUAACCUCUCCGUCGACGGUGAGGCAGCAUACAAGCUGACCCCCAACGUCGAGCUGUUUGCUGUUGCCAAGGCCAUUCUUGCCGAUACCGAUGUCCUGGUGACGAACGGCGGCCCGCUGGUGGCCCGGACGGCACGACUCCGCGUCAAUUUCCUCCACCAGAAGAUGCUGUCGGAGGUCACUGGUACCCUGCAGGAUGCGAUCUACAACGAGCUCGAUGACAUUAGCAAGGUAGUCUUGAGUGCCCAGUGCACUGCGCAGGAGAAGGGAAGCUUCUUGCUCGAGAGAGCAACUAUCCACACCGUCCACGGCUUCGACGCCAAGGCCCGCGCAGAUCUCGAGCAGGCCGCCAAAGAACGGAAGUUCGAGUUUGCCUUGACCGGUAAACUGGGCAAGAGAACCAAGUUCCAGGAACGCGAUGUCAGUCAGCUCGUGAUUCUGGCCAAGAGCGCCGAAACGACGUCGGAGGACAACAAGGGCGAGAACGCCUCGGGCCCGAAGAACCUUGAUCUCAACGACGAUACCCUGUUGGAAUCUAUCUCCUUCGCUAAGGCCGACGCCAAGGCCGAGGGAGAAGAAACUCAAGACAAGCCGGUGACUGUGCAGGAUGAAGCGGCACUUCCACCGGCAUUGGCUGCCCUUGACCCGGGCGACCAGCCGAAACUCGAACCCAUUGACUCCGCCAUUCUUCUUGCCUUCGCAUCGGCUAUCACCAACACCGCACCGGAGAACGGCAUCACCCGCGAGGAGACAGCGCCCUACGCUACCCGUGUCUUAGAAGGUGGCAGCUCGAACUGGCAGAUCUACACUCAGGGUUUGUUGGUGCGUAGUCGCGUCGAGGGCCACCGAUCCAGAACCGUCGAGAGAUCUGUGCUGCAGAUGCAAGCUCUCGUGGACCAGGUCAUUGCUGACACCGCCACAUCUGAUGAACAAGCCGGCAUUGCCGUCGAUGAGCCCACGACCUUCCUGCCGCGCCCCGAGAAAUCCGAGUCCGCCUCGGCCGCCGAGAGAUUGCAAUACGUGUGGCUCAUGAACUUCUCUACCCGCUGGGACCUGGAGGCCGAGCUUGCAACUCGGUGGGUCAACCUUGGAGGUCUGCGGACCGCCCUUGACAUCUACGAGCGUCUCCAGAUGUGGGCCGAGGCUGCACUCUGCUACGCCGCAACGGAGAGGGAGGACAAGGCCCGCCAGAUGGUCCGCCGGCAGCUCUACCAGCCGACGGGUCAGGAUCCCGAUGAUGACAGCGAGAGGUUCGAAGGGCCGGAGCUGUCUCCCCUGCCCGCCGAUGCGCCUCGCCUCCUCUGUAUCCUGGGUGACAUAGACACCGACGCCGGCAUGUACGAGCGGGCCUGGGAGGUAUCGAACCAGCGAUACGCGCGUGCUCAGCGGUCCCUGGCCCGCCACUACCUCACCCUGAAGCCCCCGGCCCUCGAGAAGGCCGAAGAAGCCUACCGCAAGAGCUUAGACAUCAACCGUCUCAACCACAGCGCCUGGUUCGCGCUGGGCUGCGUCCAGCUCGAGCUCCACCGCUGGGACGACGCCAUCUUCUCCUUCACCCGCACCGUGCAACUCGACGACACCGACGCCGAAGCCUGGAGCAAUCUGGCGGCCGCGAUUCUCCGCUCCCCCAAGCCCGACGAAGAAACUUCCGUUGUCAUCUCCGAACAACCCCGCAAGCCCAAGGCCCCUCUCGCCGACGACGAGGAGGAAGCAUCCGGCGACGACGACGAGGCUCCCGCCCCGGAGGACCCGUACAAACGCAAGCGCGAGGCCCUGGCCGCCCUCCACCGCGCCGCCUCGCUCAAGCACACCGACGCGCGCAUCUGGGACAACGUGCUGACGGUCGCGGCCUCGAUCCCGCCGCCCUUCACCCCGUUCCGGGACGUCGUCACCGCCCAGCGCCGCCUAAUCGAGCUCGUCGGCUCCAAGAAGGGCGAGAAGUGCAUCGACAUGCCCAUCCUCGGCAUGCUGGUUGACCACCUGGUCCGCGCCUACGAGUACCAGGACCUGCUCAUCCGCAUCGACGACAGCAACCCCGCCUCCGAGCGCAUCGUGCGCUCCGGCACCGUUCCCGGUCAGAUCCUCUCGCUCGUCGACCAGGCCGUCGUGCCCCUCAUCACCCACUCCGCGCCCAUGUGGCUGCUGGUCGCCAGCGUCGAGGCCUGGCGCAAUCAGCCCUCCAAGGCGUUCGAGGCCCAUGAGAAGGCUUGGCGCGCCACGGUCGCGUCCUCCACCCAGGGCGCGUUCCAGAUGGGCGACGAGAAGAAGUGGUUGGAGGUCGUGCGCGCCACGGAACGGUUGGUCCGUGAUGGCUACGCCCGCUACGGUCCCAUGGAUAAGGAAGGUCAGGAGGGUGCUGCGGAGGGCGAGGCCGAGUUGGUGGCUAAGGAUUGGCGGUUCAAGGCCCGCAGUGCCGUGCGUGGUAUCCUGGGUAAGGGCAAGGAGUUCUGGGAGGAUUCGGAGGGGUGGGAGCGCCUGAAGGCCUUGCAGUCUGAGGUGGGCAGUGCAUAGAUCAUUGAACUUGUGUGAUUCAAAUGCAUAUAUAGAGAAAGAGCUUGCGUGUAUGCGGUUGUGUGUGAAGCAUUUAUAAAGCUGGUUACCGAGGUUGGACCAGGUUUUUAUUAAGUCACGAUUAUUCAUGUUCCGAAUCUGAAAAUUUC